AUGGAUAUGAGUGAUAAUGAUUGUUUUACUCGCCCAACAGCGAUUAUUAUUCAACCAUCAUCAUCACAAAUAGAUUCGAAGUCAAAUAGAAUUAUUUUUCGUCUUGGUUGGACAUCAUUUAUACUUGGCUUUUGUGCUUUUAUCAUACAUUAUAUAUCAUUAGAUCAUUUAGAGAAUUUUUCACCAAUUAAUGCUGGACUUAUUUCAGGUAUUUUACUUAUGAUCUCGGGUUUAGCAUCAGUGGGUGCCGGAUAUAAAGAAAAAUCAUAUCGAUGUUUUAUACUUGCUCAAAUCUGGUCAUUUAUUACUAAUAUUAUAUUAGCACCAGGUCUUAUUGCAGUUUCCAUUACUGCAUUGAUUCUUGAUAGUAACGAUAUAUCUCCAAUGUGUCAAUCAACUGUAUUAUUAUCAUCAUCACGAAAAAAAUCCUUUGAAAAUAAUUUAGAUGUUUAUCCAUCGAAUCUUCCAUGUUUAGAAGCAACAAAUUUAUUUCAUUUAACUCAAAUAUUGAAUAUUAUUCAGUUAAUUAUUGGUGUUACAUGUUUUGUCAUACAUAUAGGCCUUUUAUCUAUACAAAGAAAAGUAAUCACACAAAUGAAAAAUGAAAAAAAUGAUUAUAAUAAUAAUAAAAUUAUUGUUUAUACUGACCGAAAUAACAUUGCUAUGAAUCAUGCAAUAUGCUAUACUGAUGCUCCACCAAAAUAUGAAGAUCUUCCACUAACACAAAUAUUACGUGAUUAA